GGCGGUGGCGAGAAGAGAGCUCGGCGGGUCCCUUCCCGGCGUAUUCCGAGAAAAGCAGCGUCUCCGACGCGGUGUCCAUCAUGUUCUCUUUUAACAUGUUCGACCACCCGAUUCCCCGGGUCUUCCAAAACCGCUUCUCCACACAGUACCGCUGCUUCUCGGUGUCCAUGCUAGCAGGGCCUAAUGACAGGUCAGAUGUGGAGAAAGGAGGGAAGAUAAUUAUGCCACCUUCAGCCCUUGAUCAACUCAGCCGACUUAACAUUACCUAUCCUAUGCUAUUCAAACUGACCAAUAAAAAUUCAGACCGCAUGACGCACUGUGGCGUGCUGGAGUUUGUGGCUGACGAGGGCAUCUGCUACCUCCCACACUGGAUGAUGCAGAACUUGCUCUUGGAAGAAGGGGGCCUGGUCCAGGUGGAGAGUGUCAAUCUUCAAGUGGCCACCUACUCCAAAUUCCAGCCUCAGAGCCCUGAUUUCUUGGACAUCACCAACCCCAAAGCUGUAUUAGAAAAUGCACUGAGAAACUUUGCCUGUCUGACCACCGGAGAUGUGAUCGCCAUCAACUAUAAUGAGAAGAUCUAUGAACUGCGAGUGAUGGAGACCAAACCUGACAAAGCUGUGUCCAUCAUUGAGUGUGAUAUGAAUGUGGACUUUGAUGCUCCCCUAGGCUACAAAGAACCUGAAAGACAAGUCCAGCAUGAGGAGCUGACAGAAGGUGACACUGACCACAGUGGUUAUGCUGGAGAGCUGGGCUUCCGCGCCUUCUCCGGGUCUGGGAAUAGGCUAGAUGGAAAGAAGAAAGGAGUAGAGCCUAGCCCCUCCCCAAUCAAGCCUGGAGACAUUAAAAGAGGAAUUCCCAAUUAUGAAUUUAAACUGGGUAAGAUCACUUUCAUCAGAAAUUCGCGUCCACUGGUCAAAAAGGUUGAAGAGGAUGAAGCUGGAGGCAGAUUCAUCGCUUUCUCUGGAGAAGGACAGUCGUUGCGUAAAAAGGGAAGAAAGCCAUAAGUCGGAACUGUUAGCUGAUUGGAAAACAAUAAAAGAAUCAUUGCAACAUACUGGCUUUUAGUUACUGGCGCUGUCACAGAUGAAGCUUAUCAGAGAAUGGGCUGUUACUUGAGGUUUGUUUAGAGUCACCUAAGAAUUACCAAGUUUAACUUGGAAGUGGAGCAGCAGCAUUUCCUAGUUGUGUGCUUGAUUUCAGGAAAGAGAAAGAGCUGUCUCUGAGGUCCUGUGGACAGCCACCCCCUCACCACUUCAUGCUUUCAGCUCGAGGGGCUCCCACUGCCUCAGCAGGAACAGAGUCCCCUAAUUCCUGAUAACACCAAUGGAAGGCUGAAGGCCCAAGGGAAUUGUCUAACUUGAGGUUUUCUUUCUCUUUCUUCAUUAAUCCUUUUCCUAGGUUGAUUGCAUAGGUGUUGUCUUUGACCUUGAAAAAAGUGGAUUAAGUAGUAUGUGCUUUAUAAAUAGUGGCUGUCCCACUAUGCAGUUUGAGUGUUUGAGAAAGGAUGUUUCUGUUUUUACUUUACAUAUUUUUUUUUCAAAAGCACCACUCCUCAGAAGCUGAUCUGAAUGAGUCGCACUUUUAUUUUGAUUUCAUAUGGAAAUAACUGGCUCCUUAGUGGACCUGUUCUAUAGUAAAGCAACUCCAUGGAGGAGCACAAAUGUGAAUGUUAGAAUGAAUAUAUGCUAAAUAUGUGUUCCUCUUUCUCCUUCUUUUAUACCUCCCAUUCCCAAUUUUAAUUUAUUAAAACAUCCAAGGUUCUGCUGGCCUAGCUUUAUUUCUGAUUAGUAUUAACUUGGGCUUAGAUCUUUAUCUUCUAAAAUGUAAGACCUUUUGCCAUGCUAAUCCAAUUAUCUUAAAUUUGUACCCUGAUAAUAAUUCUGAAUCAAGAAGUUCAAAUAAAAACAGGCAAUGACUAAA